AUGACGAGGGGAUCCAGCCGCCAGUGUCGCUUGACUCACUGCCUUUUUCCGGGCAAUGCCGCUCUGAAGACGGUGGCUGUGGCUCUUUUGCUGGCUUCUUUGUGCGUCUUCGUCUCCAGUUUCACGCUGGACGGUGCGGGGCGUGGCAGGAAAGUCUACGCCGCGGAGGGUGCAGAUCAGGGCGUUGACGACUCGAGCCUCGGAGAUAUCAAGUUGGCGGGUGCGGGGCAACAGCAGCUGCUGAAUCAACUCAAAAAGGAGCUUGGAACUGAUGACGCAGAUCUGAGUUUGUUGGAGCGGCAACAUGGCGUCAGUGAAGUCGAAAACGCUGUGCUGCGGGACGCUGUCCCUGGGAUGAGCGGAGACUUAGAAGACGAGGAGCGAGACAGUGCGUCCGAGGAAGCAGACGAGGACGCGAGCGGCUCUGCAGAGAACGACAGUGCAUCCUUCGUGGAAAGUGGUGAGGCCGAAGACGCAGACAACUUCGAAAAGGAAGGAGACACCGAGAUGAAUGACUCCGACGACGAGGCGGCGGGCUCCUUCGUGGAAGACGACCCAGAUCAAGAAUCGGACGCCGCUUAUGACAGCGGAUCUGCCUCCUUCGUGGAAGGAGAGGACACGGCUUCAGAGGAAGCUUCCGACUCAGAUGCGUACCACGACGAACCCGAGGAUGAAGAAGAGGAGGCCGCGACUCUGGCAGACCCCUACGGCGCAACGCCCGUCUCCUACCUGCAAGAGGACGCGGAUGACAACGAUGUUGAAUUCGAGGAGGAACCGUCCUCUUUUAUUCAAGUCGGUGCGACGGAUCGGUUGAUCAAGAAGCACGCGCACCAAAACCGCCAAUUGGCACACGACCGACCUGCUUCGGCGUUCAACCAGGAUCGCAUCAGACUGCGACUCGCAGACCAGACCGCAGUUGAGGACGAGCUUCUCAACGAGGCGUCUGAUCUCGAAGGCGGUCAGGGCGUGGUGUCUCCAACUGACGAUGGGGCUGCAGAAGGCGAGGGCAGUGCAACAGAUGCUGACAGCAUCGCGGCCGAAAUGAAGGGACCGCCGAUGGAGGAGAACGGGCAGGAACCCGUUGCGCUGGCUGGAGAGGCUGAGUCUGCGGAAGAGUCUCUUUCUAGUGAAGAAGCGCCUGUGCUGCAGGAGGGCAUGCCGUCCGGAGGUUCGGCAGAGGAGACCGCAGAGCCUGUCGUCGCGACUCCAGAGAAGGCUCCGGGUGCGCUGGAUGUUGAUGCGGCGGAAGUGGCGCCUGCCCGGGCUCCUGAGGCGGAAACUGUCGAGGGGACGGCUGCUCAAAUCGUGGAGGAGAUGAGCAAGCAAGACCAGGGCGUCGAAGAGUCCAGACCCCAGGAAGUUCUCAGUAGAGGACCUGCGAACAAGAGGAGACUUGAGUACGUCAUUCGCGCAAAGAAAAGUGACCAGACUGCCGUUGCUGUGGCAUCUGUCUCUUUGGUCGGGCUCUCCGUUGCGUACCAGUUCCUGUUCAGCGUCUGA